CCGCCUCCAAUUCCCACCGCUUCUUUUUUCUUGGAAUCUAACCACGACCAACUCGAACGCGUCCAGGCACGUGCUGCGCGAGCCGCCGCUAUCCGCCGCAGAAACGCCGCUGCUACUCAGCCUUCUGACCCUCCCGAUCCAUUUCUCGAAAAAGAACAGAUCAUCGAGUUGUUCCAGAAUUGCAUAAAGCUUGCAAGAGAAAAUAUAAUAAAUCAGAAGAACACUUGGGAGCUAAAACUCAUAGACCAUCUCAGCGAGAUUAUAAGGGUUGAUGCAGAGGAGAAUACAGAGACUAAUUUUCAAAAGGCAAGUUGCACAUUGGAAGUUGGGGUAAAGAUUUACUCCUUGAGGGUGGAUUCAGUGCAUUCUGCCACGGAUUUAGGUGGUGUUUGUUUUUUU